AUGGUCUCCUCAAUUAUUCCUAGUGAUCCCCCGAGCCGCAUUCGGAUCCUGUCGCUUAAUUGCUGGGGUUUGAAGUACAUCGCAACCUACCGCCAUGAACGACUGUCCGAGAUAGGUCGACGGAUCGCCGUGGCCAAUCCGCCACCAGAAAUAGUUGGCCUUCAGGAGUUGUGGACACAACAAGACUACGAGAGUAUUCGUGAGCAGACAAAGGAUAUACUUCCAUAUGGAAAGUUCUAUUUUGGGGGUAUCUUUGGUGCUGGGUUAGCGAUUCUGUCACGAUGGCCGAUUGAAGAAAGCACCAUGUACCCCUACCCGUUAAACGGGCGGCCGACAGCUUUCUUCCGUGGUGACUGGUACGUUGGCAAAGGUGUGGCCUGUGCCAAAGUCCGAUUUGGUCCUGGCCCAGCCGAUGUGGCUGAGGUAUUUUGUACUCACCUUCACGCUCCUUAUGAGCGGGAGCCGAACGACUCGUAUCUAUGCCACCGCACCGCGCAGGCUUGGGAGAUAGCCAAACUCAUGCGCGGUGCCGCUGAACGGGGUCAUCUAGUGAUUGCCACGGGUGAUUUCAACAUGAUACCAUCCUCCUUCGCCCACAGACUGAUCACCGGUCGAAGCCCCGUUCGUGACGUCUGGCUCGAGCUGCACCCGGACUCGUCUGUAGGUGCUGCAAUUGAUGCGGUUGAACAGGCUAGGGGAAGACCUAUUCCAUCGGCCGAGUUUAAUCUCGUUGAGAACGGAGCCACCUGCGAUGGUGCCUUCAAUACUUGGCGCUGGUCCGAAGCUCUUCGCAAACGAGCCGACAGAGGCGAAGACAUCCAGGUUGACAAGGACGCUGAAGAUCCUCGCGCUAAACGUCUUGAUUACAUCUUUGUUGGUGAUAGUGGCUACUCGCCCUCUUUCCCUACACCCCGUUGGUUCGUCGAGUCUGCAAAUGUUGGCAUGACCGAGCGCCACCCUACUCUCGGAUGCUCCCUGAGCGACCACUUUUCUGUCGAGGCUGUCGUUACCCGACAUGACAGUAUCUCGGCCUCUAUACCCUCAAACCAGACAGAUUUCUCUCCACCCCCGAAAACUGCCUCUGCCCUUUCCCCAGAAACAUACGACCAGAUCAUUGAUAUGAUUCAUUCUUAUGUUAUUCGUGAACGCUCACAACGUUUCUGGCGUCUCGCUCACUUUUUGUUGUCCAUUGUCGUCUCAAUUGGCUGCCUGAUCGGUGUGUGGUGGGUUGGCAGCCGCACGUAUAUCGGUUUCAUAUUGAUACUGGUCAGUACACUCAAUUUCGGGGCUGGAAUAAUUGAUGGCCUGAUCGGUGGACUGUUUAUGUCGAGUGAACUGCGUGCUCUAAAGGAGUUUGAAUGGGAAGUGAGCACGGCGAAAAGCCUGAUUCUUGGUCCAGGCUCCAAUGGCACUCGCACCCCAGAUAAGAUUGAAUCCAGGUGA